AAAGUGUUUUUUAAACAACCGUGUUCAUUGCUGACAUGAAACGCUAAAUUGCAGUGGAAGGUAGUUGUAUACACAAAAAGAAACUCGUCUGAGUCAAAAACAUGCAGAGGGUAUAGACUCUGUAUUCCUCUCUCUGAACAAAACUGACCUAUUUUUAAAAUGAAAUGGUUACAAUAACUGCUUUACCUUCAUUAUGAUUUGCAAUCUACAGAGGAAGUUCGAACCACUUUGAACUGGGUGCUUCGGGCUCCUUAAUUGCUAGCAGCUUGGUUGCGACACGUGUGAGGUUUCAAAGCGCGUCUUUUUCACAGCGAUGGAUUAGCGCGUCUGCAAUCUUCCGGUGAUAAAUCUGAAGUUGAGUAAGCAGAUAUCACAACAAGAUAACCGGCAAAUAUCAUUACUCAUAAACUGCCUCCUUUGUUCGUCGCCAAAGGAGACAAAAACUGAAAAUCGACGGUCAAGGUAAUUUCGGUUACAGGUGCCUGUGUUGCAGAUCUGCCGGCUGUAUGUCGCUCUACAAGCUCAUCUACUUCAACAUGCGCGGGAGAGCGGAACUCUCCCGCUACAUCCUGGCCUAUGCAGAGAUCCCCUUCCAGGACCACAGGGUGGAGUGGACAGACUGGCCGUCCCUUAAAACCUCCUUUCCGCUCGAGCAGCUGCCUGUGCUGGAGGUGGACGGGGUCGAGCUGAACCAGAGUCUGGCCAUCGCCAGGUUCCUGGCUAAAGAAGCAGGGCUGACGGGGACCAGCAGGCUGGAGGAGGCCCAGGCGGACGCGAUGGUGGAGAGCCUGAACGACUUCACCCUCAUGAUCCCCUGGAGGGAGGAGGACCAGGAGCUGAAGAAACAGAAGAUCGACGAGCUCUUCGACUGCAACGCGCCCAAGCUGCUGAGCUUCCUGGACAAGCACCUGGGGGACGGAGACUGGCUGGUGGGCAACGCGGUGACCUGGGCAGACCUGUACUGGCACGUGUGUUUCACCACCUUCAGCGUCCUGCGGCCGGACUUCGCCAGCCGGACCCCGGGCCUCUGCGCCCUCGUGGACAGGGUGGGGGGCAUCCCGCAGCUGGCCCGCUGGAUCCAGAGCCGUCCCAACAGCCAGUUCUAAAAAACCCCCCCCCCGUCCGUCCGUCCGGGCGGAACGCAAAAACGGGACCACUGCUUUUAUACGCAAAGUGUGCAGCUAAGCGUCCUCCAGCUGGAGAGGCGUGCUGUAAAUCCACACGUCCAGAGCUUCACUGUGAAACGCGCUGUGUGAGCGGUUUUAUUCACGAGUCAGAAUGCUUUCAUCACGGCUCCUUCUCAGGGUUACAUGCUGGAAAUGACGUAUUCCAGGUAACACAGGGCAGCGAUAUAUACGUCGAGGGAACUUUCAGAGAUCUUCAGGAAAACCUUUUUAAACUGGCGAAGAUGCAUCGUCGUCUAACUGUAUUUUUCUACCUGUAGCGAAACGAAUAAACGGCAGUGAUGCAAA